UUAACUCGGAUCAUGUGAGAAAAUUUCUUUCACAAAGAAACAUGAAGAGACUGUAUUUUCUCUUUACACUUGUAUUUUUUAUUGCCUCGACCGUAGACUGUCAGAAAUAUAAACCAACAUGGGAGAGCAUUGAUUCUCGGCCAAUUCCAGCCUGGUACGACGAUGUGAAAAUCGGGAUGUUCAUUAAUUGGGGGGUGUACUCGGUUCCCUCUUGUACCAGUGAGUGGUUCUGGUGGUACUGGAAGGGCCAGCCGCACGCGGACGUGGUAGAGUACAUGAAGAAAUUUUACCCACCCAACUGGACGUAUGCAGACUUCGCUAAAGAAUUCCGAGCUGAAUUUUAUGAUGCUAAAAAGUGGAAGGAAAUCAUUGUUGCCUCUGGUGUAAAAUAUGUUGCUCUAGCAUCCAAACAUUGUGAUGGUUUUAGCAUGUACCCUACUAAUGUGACAUAUCAGUGGAACUCAAGAGAUGUUGGACCAAAGCAGGACCUUGUAGGUCCCUUAAAAGAUGCAUUAAAGGGAACAGGGGUUAAGUUUGGGAUCUAUCAUGCUAUGAUUGAGUGGUUUAAUCCAAUAUGGUUGGCAGACCAAAAGAAUAACUUUACAACUCAAAGAUAUGUCAAAGAUUAUAUCCAUCCUCAAUUAAAAGAAAUCAUCAACACCUAUAAACCAGACCUAUUGUGGAAUGAUGCCUGCUGGCUGGCCCCGAGCUGGUACUGGAACUCUACCAUAUUCCUGGCCUGGUUGUUCAAUGAAAGCCCUGUCAAAGACGACAUUGUGGUAAACGAUCGCUGGGGAUACGACUGCUUCUGUAAACAUGGUGGAGUCUGGACGUGCUCCGAUCGAUUUCAUCCAGGCCAUGUGAUGCCUCAUAAAUGGGUUAAUGCCAUGACAAUUGACAGAUAUUCAUGGGGCUUCAGACGGAAUGCUGAUCUGGAUCAGUAUUACUCUAUUGAGGAACUCUUAGAGGAAGUGAUUUACACCAUAAGUUUUGGAGGGAACAUUCUGAUCAAUGUUGGACCCACAGCUUGGGGAACCUUUGCCCCGAUCUACGAGGAGAGAUUCCGUCAGCUGGGGUCAUGGUUGAAGGUCAAUGGAGAAGCUAUUUAUAAAACAACCCCCUGGAUUCAUCAAAAUGACACAGAGUCAAACCGAGUAUGGUACACAGCCUCAAAGGCCAACAAGAAGGUGAUUUACUGUUUGGUUUUGGAUUGGCCGUUAAGUAAUGAGAUCUUAUUGGGGUCGCUGAAGGGUAUCCAGGUCACAGCGGUCACACUGCUGGGGUCAGAGGCCACCAUGUACUUCUUUGAGGAGGCUCAUGGACUGCGAGUUUUAUUCCCUGUCAUCAAUAUGCGCAAGAUGCCUUGUCAGUGGGCCUGGAGUUUGAGAAUCACUCUUAAAUAGGGAUUGAUAUGAAAUAUGGUGGGAACAAAUUUAGAUUAUAAUUGUCUGAAAACCUGACAUUUUCCGGGCUUUUUUAUGAUUUUGAUAUUUUACAUGCCAGAGAAACACGUAAAAUAUCAAAAUCAUGAAAAAAUCCUGGAAAACGUCAUAUAAUUGAGACUUACGUUACAAGUGAUAAUUUUCUCCAUUUUACUGCAAAAUAUUUUGUGUGAAAAAAAAUUAAACAUACAUUGUAUACCGGUAUUUGUUGUGAAGAAAUGGUAAUACUUCAAUAUUUGGGACUGUAUAUAAUAAUAAGCAAAUUUUUAAUUUUUUUUAUAAUGUAACCCAGGGUCUUGUCUUGUAUUAUACUUGUUGUGUAUUCAAAACUCAUGAAGAUAUAUGUACUAUAAUGGACAAAAUGGUGCAGUAUUUAUAUGAUGUGGCACUAUAUAAGCUUGUUUUCAUUAAUAAUAUUUACAUAAUCUAAUCAUAUAUUUCCAUAUUUUGGAUCAAUCCUUUAUGGUCAUGAAUUAACUAAUUUCUGAGAUUGUUGCAACAAAAAUAAAAGACAGCACAUAUAAAAGAUGCCAAAACGAUCCUACUAAUUUAGACACACAGUAGAAAAACACAGUUGUAAGAGUUAUAUGGCACACUGAAUAUCUCAAUUUACUAUACAGUGCUUAAAAAAUUAUUUUCUGUAUUUAAUACAUAAUUAUUCAUGAGAUUUAUAGAUUGCAUAGCAUAAUGCCCUUUCACUGUUGAUUAAAGAUGAGUCAAUAUUGUACUUACUUUACUGUCAAAUCUCAUGCUAUCACGUGUACAUUAUUGUAAAAGAAUGUGCAUCUUUAAAAAGUCCCAAUAUUAUUUGUUCUGGCAUCAUUUUAAUGCAAUAACUACUUUUAGAAAUUGAUACUUAUAUGUACAUGAACCGGUAUUUUUGUUUUACAUAUCAAAACAUUUUAACCCUUUGGCCUAAUUUAAGAUUGUUUACAAGUUUAUUUCUUUAGUUCUAGCUGUUUUUUUUUCUUUAGUGAAUUAAGCUGCUGUUGUAGUUUUUUUGUCCUCUUUGUAUACUUGAUUUAAACAAUUGUUAAAGAUUCUGUGAUAUUUUACAUUUAUCUAAAAUAAAUAUUACUUCUUAAUUAAGAGAAAUGAGAAGACACUAUUGACAUGAUUGACUAUAAUAAAAAUUUGAAAUUUAAUGAGGUUUAGAGAAUAAUCCUAUUUAGAUUUUACUUAAUACUUUUUGCAUAAUAUAAUGCAAUAACUUUAGUAAUUAUUCAGUGUUCUUUCAUUUUAGAUAUUAUGUAUACAUAAAUACCUUGAAAUAUCAAUAUAGGUCAUAGCAUUUUGUAUUUAUUUUUCAAAGUUGUUUACCAGAGCAUGGGUAGAUGAAAUCUCCUAGUUUAAGCAUAAUUAAAACUUAUUUAUUUUUUUUAUACCUUGAUCUGUACAAAUCCAUGAAGAAAUCCAUUCCUUUAUUUGUAUACAAAUGAACACAAUUUAUACAUGCUUACAUGUAUAUGUUAAAUGUGAUAAUAUUUGCAUAGAGAUUUUCGCCCAACUUUUUGCAGUGUGUUCAUGUAUAGAGUUUUGUGAAUUUUAUGACAUCUCCAUGCCAACACAUUUUAUUUCAACCAGUCUAAUUCUAAUUUUAAUACUUUUAUAUUACAAUACAAUUUUGAACUUCGAAGAAAAAAAAAUGUAGCAUGGAAAUACUUCUAACAACAUCUCUGCAAUUAUGUAUAUAUUUAUAUAUUGUGGGAUUUUUUGUACUACAUGUAAGUUGAGUCAUUAACACUGCGGUAAAUAUAUACUAGCUGGUUUUAAAAAAUUAUAAGACAUAAACGUACAGGCCAUAUUAUUUUAAGGUCAAAGGUCAAGUUUAUCUUGCAUAUGAAUUAAAAGGAAUACUUACUUUGUAUCACUGCAUGUAUAGAUAAAACCAAGAUGUUUUUGUAUCAUGUUUUAUAUACUUUUUUAAGCAAGAUACAUGGCAAAGUGUUAAUAUAUUUGCAUAAUAUUCACAACAUUCCUUCAUUUUCAUGAUGAUUAUUCCAGUGUCAUAAAAAUGUUCAAGUGUGAUAAAGUAGAGCUAUUUGAACAAAGAUCUUCUUUUUUUUAAUUUUACAUAAAAUCUUUUUAUUAUCAUGUCUAUGUGUUGUUGUGGAUCUGUUAGCAAUAUGGAAAUACCAUAAAUUUAUUAAUAUUUACAA